CGGCUUCACAUUAUUUUCUUCGGCUCCCUGCUGCUUUGUUUAAGUCUCGGUAAGCUACUCCAAGUCCGCCAUAAACGCAUAGCUGCCAAGUCCGGGUCCUGUGGUAAGCUAGCUAGCUAAAGAAUCACAAUCUGGCCGCGAGCAACUUUACAGCCUUGAUUUACGAUCUGAGCGAAGAUGACUUACUUUACCGCAGUAGCAUUGGCAUGCCUCGCGGUUGGGGCCAAUGCGCGAGCGUGCGUGAGAAAAGCACCAUGCGCGGCAACGGCUGAAUGGACGGAGUGGAAAGAUAUCAAGCACACGUUCAUCUUUGGAGAUAGCUAUACGGCAACAGGGUUCAACUAUACGCAAGCGGCACCUUCGCCAGCGAAUCCCCUUGGCAACCCAGCUUACCCGGGGUACACAUCAUCGAACGGACCCAAUUGGGUCGACUUUCUCACGAUAAAGCAUAAUGCGUCCCGUCUGCAGACUUACAAUUUCGCCUACGGAGGUGCUACUGUCGACUCCGCUCUCGUCAAGCCAUAUCAACCCACGGUACUGUCUGUAAAGCAACAAGUAGAAGAUCAAUUCAUUCCGGGCUAUACGGGUUCUUCGCCCAAAGCCCCCUCGGCCCCGAAAUGGACCGGUAGCGACUCCGUGUUCGCGUUCUGGAUCGGCAUCAACGACGUUGGCAAUUCGUAUGGAUCCGGAGCGGGAUCCUCAGGCCCCCUGUACACCAAGAUCUUCGAUGUUUACUCUGGACUAGUCGACAAGCUGUACAGCAGUGGCGCGAGGAAUUUCGUUUUCAUCAAUGUACCACCUGUGGAUCGCAGCCCGUUGACGGUGGGCCAGGGGAAAAGCUCGUCAGAUACCGAGAAACUAGCUAUUGCGGAUUGGAACAAGCGAGUCUCGGAUACGGCUGCUGCGCUCAAGAAGAAUCACACCGACGAGGUCAAUGUCUGGAUCUACGACUCGAAUAAGAGUUUCGGGGAAGUAAUAGAUAAGCCGAGUACGUACGAGCAGACUGCUGGUCUUAAGAAUACGACUGCCUAUUGCACUGCUUAUCAAAAUGGCACGCCGAAUGAUAAUACCCUCACUCCGAGCUGCGGUAUUCCCGUAAAUCAAUACUUUUGGCUCAACAAUCUGCACCCAACAUAUCCUAUCCACGAUGUAGUCGCUCAAGGGGUCGCUGACGCCCUGAAAGCGGGACCAGGGGUUUGUUAAAAGUUGGAUAGGAAAAUAUCUAAAAUUGCAAAAAAUCGAGAAGAUAGAGAUAUUGAGAAAUACUGCCUGUAUAUAGGUUUAAAAAUAUCCAUAUUUGUAUAUACCUUGGUACCUAACCUUUUCGCAA